UUACCCAGCAGUUCAAGCCACUGGACAUCACAAUCUAACUAUGACUUCAUAAGGACAGGAAAUGAUGGCACACUGGGCUUUUUGAGAAAAGCUUGCUUGCCACUUGGAUGUGCUGCAGUUGUGCUUGGCUGUGAGUAAAUCCAGCUAACAAACUUCAAAGUAUGCUCGCAAAGCCUUUUGACAAAGCAGGGAAGAAAUCUGAAUCCAUCUGAGGAAUAAUCUACAUAGGACAGAACAAGCCCUCAGCUGUACCGAAGUAAUCAUGGAAAAGUAAGAGGGGAUCUUUGUGUUAAAGGGUGAUUGAGAGAACUUUGCAUCAAAGCUCAGUUGCCACAUGUGAAGAUCUACAAAGGCAAGCCGAGAGCUCUGUUCACCCAGUAUGGACAGUACAUUCUUAAGGAACAUUAUUUAACAUCACAAUCUGAUCAUGACAUCUCAUAUUUGCAUUUACAAAGACUCCCAGAGUAACAAGUGAUCCAUCAUUUCAAUUAUGUGCACUUGUGAUAUUGAAAUGUCGUACAGAAAGUAGCCGGAUGCACAGAGAAAGAACUUCAACAUUGGAAGAUAUAGUUCGUUUGUGCGAGAAAUAAGGGGCAGAGAGUAAAUUAUUGAAAAAAAAGCCAAAUGUCUACCCCAGUCAAUGAUAAGCCCUAUUAGUGAUGUGAAGAAAUAAAAAAGCUGUUUGAAAGAAGGCACAAAAUGUGCAGAAAAAUAGAAUAACUGGAUAUUAAUAGAAUUGUACAGCUUAAAAUCUAUUGUUGGAAUAGUGAAUCAAAAAAAAAAACUGAUUCAAAAAUGAGAUGCCACAUGUCAUAAUAAAAUUAUCAUCACCUUUGUGUUGUCAAGAAGAGCUUUAGUGACGAUAUCAAUAUACAUCAAGGAAGCAUUCCGAGCAAGACUUUACACAGGACUCGAAAGCUUUGUCUUCAAGGAGUUGUGCUAAUCGUGAGAGACAGCUGGGCCGGUAUUAAAGAAUGAUAAAGGAAAUAAACCUAGAUCACAAAAGUUAAACUUCAAAACUUGAUCAAUGCUUGUGAAGAUCUGUGAGGAGAAACAGAGGUCUGUGCUCCAUUGUGCAUAUGUGUGUGUGCUAUUAUAAGAAGACAUUUUCAACAGGUGUAGUCUUUUCAGUACAUUCUGCACCGACUUGAAUCAAUGGGAAUUCAACAAAAGCAUAGAAGUGAAUAAAUAGCAAUCAAAUUUAAUUGGUUUGACAUUGAGUAAUAAUACUGUAGGAAAUUGGAGAUAACGAGCUGUAAUUCAGUUCCUUGGUUCCUAAGCACAAGGAUACAAAGAAUACAACAAAAGAACAUUCUGAGCUAGCAAUUGUGCAGGAUUGGGAGCUCUGGCCCAGAAAUCGAAGCCUAAAAGUGAUUGUUCAGAAAAAAAGCAGCAAAGCAGCUGAAGACAUCUGGUUUUCCAGAGUAAUUUAGAGUAAAGAUGGCGAAUGGCAAAAUGGGAGGGUUGCUGAAUUUGCUUCUGGAGGUGCCUUUGGAUGACGAUAGCUUGGUUAGCCAGAUGGUGUUUAACUCUCUGCAGGAACUGGGUUGUGUGGAUACGGAGGGUGUCCUGACAUUCCUUCGCAAAUACCUCACCCACCACCGUCGCCUGCCACUUGCAUGUCGCACGGCUUUGUUGAAGGUGAUGGCGCAGAUGGUGAAUGACAACAUUGACAAUUUGGGCCGUGCAGUCGCCAAAAAGCUCAUUACCUUGGCUUCUAUUGAAAUGACCAAAUGUAGGGAUGUGACGGAUGAGCAUCAAGAGAUGGCAACCAGGCUCCUGCUUAAUGUGGGCCAUUGGUUUACCAAGGAGGCAUUUGAUGAACUUCUGCCAUUGUUUCAGCUGAAGUCGGAUCCCUUUUUCUUUGUGGUGCUGGCAUUGGCUAAUCUUUGCAAAGAGCACGUACAUUACAUGGUCCCCUUACUGAGACCUGUUCUCCGAACCACAGUCUCUUUGCUUCCUGCAGUAGUGGAAGAGAAAACCAAAUGGGUGUUCUGCUUUGCCUUGGGAAUUUUUAGCGAGAGCAUCCUUGCGUACUUGUAUGAUAUAGAGGAAGCCCCAGACCCUACAGUGAAGAAGAAUUUAUUUUUCCUGGAGUUCUCUGCUGCUUUUGACAUUUUGUUCAAUACAUGGCUGCCUUUGAAUGAAUGCAAUAUCAGCACAGCAGUGAUCGAGACGUUAGGGCAGAUUACCCACCUUGUCCCCUUUGACAAAUUGGAGAAUGAACUGCCGAGGUUAAUUCCCAAAAUCCUGACCAUGUACCAGGGAACCUCCAGCGACUUUUGCAUCACCCAGGGUCUGUAUGGGGUUCUGCACACUGCCGUUGAGAGAAAUAGUGAAGAACUUGCUAUACAGAUCGACAGCCUGCUUAGCAGUUUACACAAACAGAUCUGCAUUGCACUCUGGCAACCCAAUGAUGAUUAUGUUCAGAAGCAGCAAAAAGAAAUCCUUUGCUGCUUCAAACUUCUGACUCCAGCUUUCACCUCUCAAAUCAUAGAAUUUCUCCUGAUGAAAAUGGAGAUCAAUAACAGCCAAGUGCGUUUUGGAACAUUGACUAUCCUGGAUCACCUGAUCAAUAUGGUCCCUCUCUACAUGGCCAGUCAGAAGAAUCAGAUUCUGGCUGGUACCAAGCUGUUGGUGCUGGCUACCAAUAACAGGGUGAAGGCAAAACUUGGCCAGGUAAUAUACACCUUGGCCACACACAAUUACCUGCUUUUGGAUGGCGGGAAGGACAUGUUGGAGUUUAUCAUCCGGCAGUGUGCGCUACCUGCUACCGGAGAACAGGAGGAGGACUCAGUGGACCCCUGUGCUGAAAUAGCAGACAUAGUCACUGACCAGAAUUUAAGGAGACAGUGUGAGGAACUGAUGAAGAUGCUGACAGCAUUACCCAUUGACAACAUUCUCUGGCCAUUGCUCUUUGAGUUCAUAAUUCCAGUUCGUUGCAUAAAUGCCUUAGCAAUGAUUUGCAACUCAUUAGUGCUUCUUGCAAAGAAGAAAAUAGAAGCUGAGCCCACGGAGUAUCUUCUCAAUUACACGGAGCAUUCCAACAUUCCUGGGCCUCUCGCACUGCUGACAAGUCUCCUGACUAUGUCCUCCUCUUUGCAGCAGGGGAAACACAGAUGUGUCCCUGCGUUAACUCUGUUACAAAUCCUGGGCACCGAUAUCCACCCCGCAGCACCUCAAGUCUGGGAGAAGGAAUUUCUGACUCUGCUUGACUAUCUGCAGGAGAAUUCCUCCAAAUGCCUGCAGCAGAGCCAAUGGGAAGAGAAACUGGUGAAGGUUUUGCCUCAAACGCUGGAAUUGAUCGCGGACGAUGUCUGGACCGGUCAGUUUGCCACAGAGUUAGUCGGCCACCUUCACAGACACUGCACUCUCUCGCAGGAGAAGGGCUUUGUGUAUAAGUGCCUAGGCGUGGUGCUGCAAUUCAGCCAGGAUGAGGAGCUAGUGAAGAAGAAGCUACAGGAGAUGCUGCAGACCGUGCAGCACGGAGAGUCUCUGGAGAAGGAAGGUGUGGCUGUGGGGAUUGGCUACUGUGCUGUAACCCACCUGGACACCGCACUGUCCACCUUGAAGGAAUUUGCAAAGUUAAACAUUUUCAAGAAAACUGCAAGUUAUUUUCAAAUUAUAAAGGAUCAAGAGAACAUCGACGUAAUCAAGGUAAAAAGCACACUAAUCCUAUGCUACGGGCAAAUCAUGUCAGUUUCUCCAAAGGAACUCACUCUGGACAGAAUAGACGUUGAGAUCAUGGAAAACGUGCUUAACCACUACAAUAUCAAGAUCUUGGGAAUGAAGGUCGAGGUGAGGGACUUGACAUUAAAGUUAAGUCUGAUCAAAACUGUGACACAGUCAGUCACAGCCAUCCAAACCAUUGCAAAGCAUAACUACAGCUUUAACAGAAAGGCUGAACUGUUGCAUUAUAUGCAAGAACUCAUCAAGGCUGAGCCAACAGAGGCUAUGGUGACUCCCAUCCGAAAGUCUGCCAUCAAUGCCUGUACAUCCCUCUUAAAACUGCAGCCCCCUUUAAAGGACAGUAGGCAAUUGAUUCAGACAUGCUUGAAUAGUGUGUUCAGCAUACCACGACUGGAUGCCAAAGCUAUCAAUGAACACCCGAACAUAAGCAUGGAGGAGAGGCAACAACUGUUUACUCAGACAAUGGCCUCCUUGAUGGAUUUUCUGAAGCAGCUCCUCCUUUUGGAUAUAUCGCCCAAUGGGCUUCAGACAAUAUUUAGCAACAUGGAGGCGUGGAUCCAGUCAUCAAAGGUGCAUACCCGGGAAAUGGCAGCCGAGACAUUCUUGCAGCUACUGGUGUUUUACCUGGAACAAUUUGACAUCAAAGAUAAUGUUCCUCCCCAUGAUCUGGGUGUUAUUGUUGGGUGUGUGGUGCUUCGAUGCACAGAUCCAUGUCGUGUUGUAAGGGAGACAGCCAUUGAAUGUUUGUACGUCCUUCUUUAUAUCCAACUGCGAUCCAAAGGGGUGCCCGCAAAUCAGAAAGACACAGAGGUGGAGCACCUCAAAGUCAUCAAGCAGGAGCUGCAUCAAGACAAUGAGACCUCUGUGUUUCACGUGUGCACUGAUAUUGGGAAGGUCCUCUCAAAGUCUAUGGGUUAUGAUCAGCUGAAAAGUUUACUCUUCACCUUGUUCAAUGGACUCUCAGAUUGCCAGUCCAAUGGUUCCCAUUCUGCCUCCAUCGUCACCAAUGUCCUCAUUUCCAAAUGUGGAGCCAGCCUCACCGAGGUCCCAGAGAUGAUCAAAGCCCUGCACAAUCAAUUGCAGUCAAUGGUUCAAGCGUCCAUAGUCCGGUUGGUGACACACACCAUCUCCAAUCUGGUGUCACAGCAUAUGUCAGUCACACUACCCUGCCUCUUAAGUUAUCCCAUUCCAUUCGACAACCACAUUGGCAAUGUUUGGAGAUCUCUCAUGCAACACAAUUCAGUUGCCACAGCCUCCAUUAAAUACCUACUGGACAACCUAAAGCUGCUGUAUGAAAACAGCAAGGAAUCUCUCCUGGCUAGUGGGUCAAAUACCCAGCCACAUCAGACUCUGGCUGUAAUGUAUGCCCUGCAUGAGGUAAUAUGCUCCCAGGAUUCAGUCGCCAUGAUAGAAGGUCUUUACCCCCAGCUCUUCAGCACCGUCCUGAUUCACCUGAGCUCCAGUGUCCAACCCCGGUUGCCUCGAGACUUCCUUAGAAUUCAUUCAGAUAGAAAAAUGGGGCCAGCCCAGAGGCCAUUUAAUGUUACAGCUUGCUACUAUUCUGUAGAGAUACUCCAAGUGCUGGUCGGGCAGGAAGAGGGGAGCAACGAGGACAUGUCGGACCUUGAGGGUUGGGCUUUGCUCAAGAGGCCGGAGAUGCACCAUCAGGGGGUUGCCCUGCUGGCGGGCAGCAUGUCCAAGCGAUCCGCACCCCACCUCAUCGACAUCGUGGAGCAACUCUCUCCAGUCCUCACAAACAUCCACGAGAGCCAGCGGAUCACGGUGGCUGCCUUCUUUGGGGCUCUACUUGGUCAGGAAGUGGUGUUGGAGCUGCUGCUCAAUGACACACUAGUGAGUAUCCUGCUCCGAUGUCUCCUCGACAGCUCUCCCAUGGUCCAGUGGUUGGCAGUCAAGGGUCUGGGGAACUCCGUGGCCUGGAGCGAAGGUGAAAGAUAUGCCAGCAAGCUGCUGCCGACAAUGCUGUUGGUCAUGGAGCUGAACUCCAAGCAGAACACUAUGCUGACAUUCGAGGCCAUGUCCACCCUGUCAAAGACCUUAGAGAGCCUGCCACCCCACUACACUGAACCAAUCCUGACAGACGUAGCAGUGGGCAUUGAACCUUUGUUUGAGCACCGGCAGGAGAAGGUGAGGGCUGGAGCAUUCACCAUCCUAUGGAAGCUGCUCCAGUUCGAGGACAUGCAGCGGGUCCCAAUCUUCACAGAGCACCUGGGCUCCACCUUGAUCUACCUGCUGCUUCACCUCAAGGACAGGAACGACGAAGUGAAGAGAGUUUGCAGACUGGUUCUGAAACAACUGGGGCCACUGCUGGCAUCGGAGCGCCUGUGCGUCCUCUUUGAGGAGCUUGGGUCGGAAGAGGAACCCCUGGAUUACGAGAGCUAUUUGAGUGCAGCAUCUCUGUACAUUGGUGAAGACCAGCCCAGCAAGGUCAUCCACUACAUACAGCACUGCGCUUCCUUCUUUGGCAGCCUGCAGACUGAGAUGCGGGAGAAUGCUGUCACGUUGGCAAGUUGCCUCAUGCCCCAUGCACCACCUGGUUAUCCAAGGUCCCCCGCCGCGAAUCAGGUCUGCCAAGAGAUGAUCACCUUGCUGUCCGAUCACGUGAAAAGCGUCCAGAUUAAAACAAUCAUUGGAAUCCAACGCCUACACAUGUAUUGAAAAUCAGUUGGUCAGGACCGGAUAUGUUAGGACAUGAUGGAAAAAGCCUCCUGAUGUAAAGAAUUUCCUGUGAUACAAAAAUAACGAGGGAAGAGAGUUGAGAUAUUAGCUCCUCCAUGGUGUGAGUUGGCAGCUGCAUGUAUUUCAUCCACUUGUACAUAUUUAUCUGUAAAGAAUAUCUCUCUAAUGAUCAUCAGCAAAUAAUGGGUAUAUUUAUAGUUGAUCAUUGUUUGUGCUGCAAUGUGUUGUACCGUUUUAAGACUAUUAAACAGACUAUUUUCAAUAAAUGGUUUGCUUGGAGUUGUCUGAAAGAGGUUUGCUUUAUUUUUAAUAUUAACUAGUAAUUUCUCUGUCCACAGACACAAUCCAUGCCAAUCCCUAACAAAAGGUCAGGUUGGGUAUGUUACUCAGUUCUGAUGUCAUAUUGUACUGUAGUGAAUACCCGCGUUCACCACCUGUACACCGUGCAGAGGUGACUCUGAGCUUCCCAUUCCCUGCCACUUUAAUGCACCAUCUCAUCACCGCCCACACUCUGACCUUUCUGCCUCUGGCCUUCUGCACUGUUAUAUCCAGGCCCUAACUUAAGCUCAAGGAAUGAUACCUCAUCACCUGUUGCGGCACUAGAGAUUCACUUUCACAUUCUACAUCUUUAGGUUGAAUACUCUUUUCCAAUUAUCACCAUGUUUCUCUGUUUCUAUGUGUAUAGUUUGGCCUGUUGUGCAUACCUUACCGUUGUUUAUUAAUAUUGGUUUAUUGUUGUCACCUGUUCCAAGAUGCUUUGAUUGCAUGCUAUCUCCAGGCAAAUCAUAUCAAACACGGGUACAAUCAAACCAUACACAAGUAUAAUAGUUAGUGCAAAUGAGCAAGGCAACAGAGUUCAAUAUAAUGUUACAUCUAUAGAGAAAGUGGAAAAAAGUGCAAGAACCGCAGCAAGGUUGAUAGAGAGAUCAGGAAAACAUCCUUAGCUUAUGAGGUCCAUUUAAGAGUCUGACAACAAUGGGGAGGAUGAUGAUCAUAAAUCUGGUGGUACGUGCUUUCAAACCUUUGUGUUUUUUGCCUGAUAGUAGAGGGGAAAAGAGAGAAUAAUUGGGGUGAGAGUAUUCUAGAUUACGUUGGCUGCUUUCCUGAGGCAGCGUGAAGUGUCGAUGAAGUCAAUGGAGGGGAGGCUGGUUUGCGUGUUAGACUGUGUUGCAUCCACAAAUCUCUAAUUUAUUGUCGUCUUGCGAAGAGCAAUUGUCAAAACAAGCUGUGAACACCAUCAGACCAUGAGACAUAGGAGCAGAAUUAGGCCAUUCGGCCCAUCGUGUCUACCCUGCCAUUCAAUCAUGACUGAUCUAUUUUUGUCUCUCAACUCCACUCUCCUGCCUUCUCCCUGUAACUUUUGACGUCCUCACUAAUCAAGAUUCUAUCAAUCUCCGCGUUAAAAAUACCCAAUAUCUUGGUCUCCACAGCCGUCUGUGGCAAUGAAUUCCACAGAUUCACCAUCCUCUGGGGCAGCAGAUGCCGUGUCAAUGAUCACUGCUCAGAGGGUAGUGGUUAUUUGGGGGAGCUCCAGUGAGUGGCCUUUCUUCCUCUGCAUUCCGGGAUCACAGUACGCUUCUCCAUUCUCUCCUUCUCCCCAUUUGAAACUCCCAAUGAGGAACUAACUUGUUUUCCUCUCUCUUCCCAGUUCUCACAAAGGUUCGCAGACCUGAAACGUUGAUUGAUUUUCUUUCUGCAGAUGCUGCGUGUUUUUUCUGCAUUUUUAUUCUGCAGUGAUCCCAAUUAGCUGUGAUCAUCUCAUAGCUUCUACCCAAUCUCGGGCCUUCCCAUUUGUUUCCUUCCCCGAUCCUUUACUCCAGCUCCACAUCAGCAUAAACUUCUCCAAAGUUUUUAACCAACCAGCAAGAAAAAAACAGCUUCUUAUUCCAGGGAGAACAUGAAAACUCCACACAAACAGCACCUGAGAUCAAUGGAACUGCAAAGCUGCAACUCUAUAAGAUGCACCACUGUUCCUUCUCUUGAACCUUAAACCAAAUUUCCAUAUAUUUCCUCCACAGUC